CAAGGCAUAAUUGCUGGGGAGGGUCGGUAGAUGUCAAGGAGGCCUAGUUUGUUUAGAAAAAGAGAUCCGUAGUACCGGCAUCCACCAGCAGGGCGGGAGCUAACAGCCAAACCUACAGGUGAAAUCACUCACACCUUCACACACCUGAAACAAUCAGUUCAGACAGACAGGCAUGGCUCAGUGAUCUCCAAUGUUCUCCACUGUCCUUCACAAUCUCUCGCUUUCCCACUCCCCAAUCAUGGAGAACGCAACCUUAUACCUCCAGGAAGACAUCAUGGACUCAUUCAGUACGAAGAGCCUGGCCCUGCAAGCCCAGAAGAAGCUCAUGAGCAAGAUGGCAACCAAAACAGUGGCCAACCUCUUUAUAGACGACACUAGCAGCGAGGUACUGGAUGAGCUGUACAGAGUGACCAAAGAGUACACACGCAACCGCAAGGAGGCCCAGAAGAUCAUCAAGAACCUCAUUAAGAUGGUGGUCAAGUUGGGCGUCCUAUACCGCAACGGCCAGUUCAACAACGAGGAACUCGCGCUGGUCGAGCGCUUCCGGAAGAAGGUACACACGCUCGCAAUGACGGCCGUCAGCUUCUACCAAAUCGAUUUCACUUUUGACCGCCGCGUCAUGAGCAACUUGCUCAACGAUUGCCGCGAACUGCUGCACCAAGCCAUCAACCGACACCUGACGGCGAAAUCUCAUGGCCGCAUCAACCACGUCUUUAAUCAUUUCUCUGAUUGCGAGUUUCUCGCGACGCUGUACGGACCAUCGGAAGUGUACCGUGGCCACUUACAGAAGAUCUGUGAAGGAAUCAACAGGAUGCUGGAUGACGGAAAUCUUUGACCAUUACCUGGUGUCUUUGUUUAUGGAAAUGCUAAAUUAAUUCUUUUUGUGUUUAAAUGGAGCUGAAGCUCAGAAGAUCUUGUGCCUUAUUUGUGCUUUGGACACUAAAUCAUCUGUCUUGAAUGUACGUUUGUCCUUCCAGUGGAACGUCUUGACUCCUGUAUAUUUUUAGAAACGGAGGUUAGAGGUGGUUUGCAGCACAAACCUAACGUGACCCAAUGCAGAUCUUGCUCCCGUUCGUUUAAAGGCAAUUUGAGAGCACAGUUUGUGUAAGAUCCACCAUCGGAGGAAAUGAAGGACCAUUUGCAAGCCUUUUUGAUGCUGAGAGGAUUUUUAAAGCACUGCAAAUACGAAAUGCACUGGGGGAUAUGUAUGAAGCGUUUCAUCUCUAAUUUUAGGAAAUGAGCCUGCAGCAUCACCCUCUCGUUUCCCGAAAAUAGACACGUUAAACCUGCAACCCGAAAGGACUGUUUUUGGACAUGUCUCUUGUAAUUCAUCUUCAGGUCGAUGCUAAACUAUUUGUAAACAAUCACUCCUGUGAUUUCUAAACUUGGUCAUAGAGCGCUUUACGUUUAUCUUACCACUCCAUAUCGCCCCCCUGCUGAUGGUCCUUACCGUGAUGCAGUUCCUUAUCAAGGAAUGAAGAAUGUGCUAGAAUGUCACUGUACUACCUUUCGGCUUAUUUACUGUUUUAAUGAAGGUUUUAUGUGUAUGUACACGACUGAGCCGUUAUGUCCCUGAUACAUCACUUCUGAUUGUUUUUAACUUAUAUGAACUAAGAAUUUAGCAACUUGGUCUCAUCGUCCCAUUUUCGCCGUCAGUUUGUUUUAGCUUCAGCGGUUUUGACAGAUUAUUUUGUGUAUUUUACUGGGUGUAUACAAGUUCGGAUCUUUCGACAUCACCUCUGGGACGUCGGUUACCACAAAAACAUCGUACAAGCUACCAAAAAAAAAAAAAAAAAGUGCAUGCAGAAAUACUUUUAGCAGGAGUCUAUAAGGCAACUGUGCACUUGUCCCAUAGACUUGCAUUGUAAGUGCAAAUCCACCCACAUAUUUUAUGUUUGUACAUGCACUUGAUUUCAACCUAAAAUAUUCCAAACUAGUGUCUUUUUACAAAAUGACAUGCUGAAAGAAUCUCAAUGUUAGUUAUUUGGAAUUUUCUGGUAUACCUAAUGGCCUAUAUAAGGCUCAACUAUUAUUGAAUAGUUUAAUGUGUCCUCUUGGCCUCAAAAUCUUAUUUUAUUUGUAUUUGUUUUCUGUAUCUAUGCACUUACUCUUGUUUUUGUUUUUUUUUAUUUGCUUUACUUCAGUAGCAAAAGAUUGUUUGAGAUUUGUCUUGUCACUAGAUUUUUAAGUGAAGCUCCAGCUUACAAAUAAAGUAUAAUUUCAAGGGAAAAAAGUGAAACUUUUGCCUAACUAGGACAGCGGUGAAAAGCCAUACCUCCUGAUUAUCCUAAAACCUCUCAGGGUUCAGUCUCGAAUGCUUCUUAAAUGGGGUGUUUUGGGCCAAUUUAAUCCGAUAAAGGACCGGAUACCUUGUUUUGCUUUGUGCAGAUAUCAUCUGAGCAUUAAGACUCUUUCGCAUUACCACGUGUUUUUAAACUAAAAUGUUAAAGGCUAUUUUUUUGUUAAUCUCAAACAGGUCCUGUUAAUGUACGUUGCGUUCUUGGUUUUCUAAAAAUUAUGUAUAUAAAUACAGUAUUUGUGUGUGUGUCUAUAUAUAUAUAAAUGUCAUUCCUAAGAGGCAAGUGUUCUGUUUUUAUUUGAGAAAUGCAAUGAACAAUCUAGUAAGAGUCCAAGCAGUAUUAGCAUGUUUGCCCUGGAUUACAGUAUGCUAAUCUCUCCGGGCAUGCUAGAUUGUUGUUUUCCGGAAAAACUAAUCUGAACUUUUUGCUUCCCUUAGAUGAAUUGUGAUAUUGUAGAAAGCAUGUUUAGCAUCAACACAAUACAGCAUCUCCAACUCAUUGGUUUCUAUAAUAUGAUAUAUGGGUGAAACAAUAAUUAUGGGAAAAAAAUGUUUAUUGAUUGAAUUGUGAAACGCGGGUGUCGCCAGAAGGGACUUGCUCUGUGUGACAGGUGGUUGGAUGAAUGUUUUAGUGAUGUAAGCCAAAAAAGACAAUCAUUUCAGAGUUAUUACGUUUAGAUUAAAGAUUACAGAGGCUAGUAUGUUUUUUUUUUUUUCUCUUUGGAAGAGCAUAGGCCUUCACGGAUGGAUAUUUCACAAUAAGACCGAGAAUUAGUAUUAGGAAAGUUUUAGUUGAUUUAAUUUUCACUGAAACGAAUACCGAAUAGAUGGCUUUAUGUGCCUGUUUUUAUAUCCUGGUGGAGAUUCAAUCCUAAAUGCACACAACCUCAAAAUUAAGGUCCCAAAGAAAAAACUUGCUUAUUUUUUGGAAAAUGAGCAAAGUUUUUUGGAAGGGGUAGGUGUAUGUGUAGGUCAAUAAAAGUACAGUAGAAUAACCAUUAUGCCUAUGGGGAGUCCCCACAAGGAUAGCAAACCAGAUGUGUGCGAGUGUACGUAUGGCAUCAAUGUUUACAGUGUGGUAUCAGUAUAAAAAUAUAAUCCCUGGGGUAGCUUGAAACCAAUCGCAGCGAUGUUCACGGGUCUGACGAGAGCGAGACAAUACAAAAAUGUUAAAAACGUGUGAAAAUGACACGCUGGUUUCAUUUGCUAUUCUUCUCACGGCUGUUUCGGUGUGUCGUUCUGACACAGCUUCUGUUCUCUAUGCUGAUGCUCGAUCCCCCUCCGGCUGAUACCUGAGACGUGACAGUUACCAGGGACUUAAGUUCUUAAACCUGGCAAGUUCUUUUGUUUUUUUUCCUCCUCCUUCGCUUUUCUCUCCUCUAGAGUGUCCUCUGGGGAUCUAAAACCUGCUGUGUUUGUUUUCAGUUAAAAGCAAACGUGAAUGUAAAGCAAUUAUUUAUAUAUUAACAAAUACAUAGCCUACGUAAAGAAUUCAUUGAUAUUCUGUACGGCACUCAAGGUUAUACUAUCAGCGAUAUUACAUUACAGAUCCCACCAGGUGUGUUAUGUCACCUUGUUUGUCCUGAUUUUUAUUUAUUAGAAGUGGAAUUUUUGAGUUAUUAAAAGCUGGCGCCAACGUCACGCAUUGACCCGAUCUCCGCAAUGUCCCUUCACACCUAACCUGCAAAAACGCACGGCUGCAUGACAGUUGUCUUGGUAACCGCCACCAGAGGUGUAGAAAUGACCAUCUGACCACAAGACAAAGAAGAGAAUCACAUUAAUAGCUCUUAUUAAAAUCGGCUAGCAGGGGCUUGUAAAAUCUGGUGCUUUGUCUUAUCAAAAUUCAGCACAGAAAAUAGAAAACGAGCCUAGCGUCGGCGCUUCACAGUGUAAGUGUCUGAGUUUAAACACACCACAGCUGUUGAACAGCAUCUGCAGACCAUUAGUGUUAUAUAGUGUCAUCAGUCUUGACAGGUAACAGCACUUGUGCAUCCAAACUGAAUUUGAAAUGAACAGCCGCGUUCGAGCGAUUUGCGCUAUUUAUGGCUCGCACUCAGCGUGAGAGUGACGUCUCUGCGUUAGCUGCUGCAGUGAUGUGUCUGGUGUCAAAUAGAAGGCCCUCUGACCAGCGCUUUGGGAGCGUUAGCCCACAGAAGCUAUGAUAAUAUCUUUGUGGCUGCUUUCAAGUUGUUUAUCAGCAAACUGAAAAGAGACUUUUUAGUCAUGCUGCUGUUGGCUGCAGGACCUAGUGCUAUAUACGAGAUUUUUAUUGCUUUUUCUUAAAAUGUAAUUUGUGCACCAUUUAAAUCAGCUUACUGUUCAGAAUAGCAUGCUAACAUGCUACUAUAAUGAACCUCGGAUGUAUACAAUAUACAAAAUAGUCUGUUUGCAAUAUUACGUUUGCUGAGGCAUCCAACAUACAACAAAAUGCAAUGCUGUACCCCACAAUGCAUUGUCCUCAUUUUGACCUUACCAUUUCCAAUGUCAUAAAUGGACUGGACACGAUUAGAACUUUUUUUUUUACAUUGUUAUUUGAUUAGAUUGGGAAAAAAAAAGGACUUAAAAAUACAAAAUAACCUUGUUUUAUUCCAAGAUGAUAAUUGGAAACGUUAUAUAAUAUGUAAUGAGGUCAUGAGACAAAAAUAAAACAUACAAUUGUCGCAGUUGUUUGUUGUAUAGAAUUGGUAUAAAGCAAUAUCAAAAUCAUGAGUAGUACUUUGUAUAAAAUAUAGAAGUAAACGCAGCUCAAAUGCAGCUCUUUUUUGCUGGACAUACUUUAGUUUGGAUUAAAUGAAUCAGAAACUGUGUCAGGGGUAAAAUUCCUGACCCAUUCUCAGAGUGAUUGUUCGGUUUAUGUGGAAAUGAGAAAAGAACUGAAACCUAACGCAGGUGGUAAUAACAACGGUAAACAUUUGCAUUUGUGACCUUUCGAUCUUAGGUAUGGAGAAUACAACUGUUACCACAGAAAAAUGCAUUACAUACAUACACAUUCUAUAGGUCAUUAUAUAGCUAAACUGUUGUGGUUAUACAUUUUUUUUAAAACAUGCAACUGAAAUUAAAACAUGCAACUAAUGUAGAAUUGAAACUUCAGUAUAUGCACUGUAUACUAGAUUAACCAGAAAUAAAACAUAGACAUGAAGAAGUAUUUUUAUGCUGCAGUGUGCCAGGUUAUUAAUUUUAAAAGUCACAUCCUCAUGCGUUUUUUUAGGGACUAGCCCUGCCUGUGCUGCCCCAUAAAGCACUAGAGGGGGAGCGUGUCUCCCCUGGCAUCCUCCUAUAAAAUCCUGGGUGUAAUUGUAGCGUGCUGAGGCAGAACAGGAGUAAUCAGAUCAGUCCAGAGGCUGGGAGCAUACAUGGACACACAGCAUCAGCACUGGAUUAAAUCCCCCCUCCACGACCCCCCUCACUGAUUGAGGUACGACGAGUUUCUGCAAGUAGGUAAACGAGAGCGAGGGAGAGAGGAAAAACCGUAAGAGGGAGUGGGAGGAAGAAUGAACCAGAAAGGGAGGCAGCGCAGUGCGAGCGAGUGAGAGAGAGGGGAUGGGGAGGGAGUCAAAGGCAGGAAGCAAGCAACAGCCAGUGGAACAGAAAUGCAGGGAGUUUGAGGGAGAGGGUGAAAAACGGAGGCCCGCCGCCAAAGAGAGGACGACGGGAGCAAAGUGAGGUAAGAGGGAAAGAAGGGCAAGGGUCCAGAGGAAGAAAACACACCGGGAUAUCAUCUGCCGGAGGAAACAACACAGCAGAAGGUGGGGGUCAGAGUGAAGAAACAUGCAAGAGAAAGUUUAAAGACAGGACAGAUGAGAAAAACAUCUCCUGGUAAUGACAAGGCCGGGACACUUAAAGAAGGGACACGUCCUCUCGAGAUUCCCCUUCUUGGGCCGCAGAAUGUUCUCAGAGACAAAAGGGGUCGGAGAGACUCGCAUUCAACCCACCACUUCAAGCCAACUACAAAAUGGAAUACAAAGACCCCAAGCGGACAUCCUUGCCUAUUUUGGGACUGGAGACGAGGGAACGAACACCUGUGGACCAAAGCAGCAAAACUCCCCCCUCAAUGGAUACACGGCCAAGAAACAUUUAGCUGUUCAGGGGGGUCAUGCACAGCUAGACGUGACUGGCCAAAUUUGUCAGACCAGCGUGCGGUGGAACGGGCCUCCAGGGAAGGAGCUGCAACAUAACAGCGUCUCUGUGAACUACAGCUUGAGAGAAUGCAGCUUUGUGGUCCACCGGCACCAGACCGAGCCACACCCCUUCUUGAGGAAGUGUGCUCUGGACGCGCCAACACAGUUCAGAGGUCAUGGAAACUGUGGAGUGCCUGUUUGUGCAGUGGGGCAACAAUCGGGCUCUGUGCAAGGGGCCCUGCUUACGGAACAACAUACAUCAGACUGGAUGGACGCAAGUUGUACUGACAAUUCAACCUUUAAUAAGGAUGCAGAACUUUGCCCUUCUAACAGACAGGGAACUUUAAGUAGCUGGCUGGGACCUGUAUUGCAAGACGAAAACGGAUCUAGUCUGGCACAUGAAGUUAUGCUGCAUACCCAAGAUGUCAACAAGACCAAUUCUAAGUGUCAAGUAAAGGUUGUGCAAGGUGAUCUCAGUAGACCUGGGAGAGGGUCUUAUGCUUUCAGCUCUAAGCAGUCAGAGAGAGCUAUUCGGGACCAGAUCCAAAGAGUUGUUGUGAAUCUUGAGGAGGUUCUACAUGGCCUGAAAGAGAUACAUCUGGAAAUGAAGGAGGUGGUCCAGAAGAUAGACUUUCUGACAUCCGAUAUUGAUAUUGGCAAUGAGGAACCAGGGGACCCUUUCAAAUGUCAGUCAGGAAGGAUAGACACCAAAGUGGCAUCAUCUCAAGAAGUAUGCUCUGACAAGUCAUCCUUCAAAACACCAACUCCAUCUGUGGCACCACCAGCAUAUCCCAUUAAAGAUCAAGGGCUGCAUGAUGUAGGUCAAAGACGGGAAUCAAUUCAGGAGUUGGUUAUUUCUCAAAGAAAUACAUCAGGGACCUCUUCAAGGCGCAAGAGCCAGAAGCCUCCACCUUACCCCUACGCCAGCACAAUGGGAAGAGUGAAUCUUAAAGCAAGAGACAAAGGUCAGAAGACGCCACCCUACCCAUUUAGACGGAGACUGCUCUCAACCAUUGUUUGAGCAGACCGUGGAUUCAGGGUACAACAUGGAGUAUUACACUCUACAUGGUAAAUCGAGCUACAGACACCUUUGCGGAAUAAUCAAAGGAUUCUGACACACCCCAAAGAUUUAGCGGAAUCUACGAGCGUGCCAUUACACCAGCUUAAGAAAGUUUCCCACAGCUGGAAGUAGGAAUAUGCAGACUCACCUGAAGACUCUGACACAAUGUACUCUUCUUCCUUCAAAGCGACAUCCCUCUGUCCACCCACGGCAGUCUGGGACUGAGAAGAAAAGAAAGAGAGGAUGAGUGACAAGACAUUAACAACGAAGCCUAGAGGAGUGGGCUGAAUAACAAAGAGAUUCUCACUAAGAAAACAAAAAGAGACAUGGAGUCUAUGGAGCGAUUCUUUCAAGCACGCUUUUGAACUUUUCUUAUUUGCACAGGGGACAAGGCCACCAAGACAUCACCGUCAUCCCACCAUGGAGAAUUUCAAUUUAAUCUAAAGAUAAAGAUGUUUUCACAGGGUCUUGAUAUGCAACACCUGUACAAAAAGGGCUGACAGCUUUUGAUCCGAGAGCGACGAGCGUUAGGAAUCUGAAUUAAGGUUUGAUCUGCGGCAAAUGUCAAUGUCACGACUAAGGAUAAAUUUUAAACAAGAUCUUCAAAAACCUGUGCCAAUUCUUUGUAUGUGCAAAGCACACAAAUAAAAAGUUGUCAUCACUCA